UACACACAUUUGUUUACAUACGUCUUUUUAGAUUUGACCUGCUCGUUCUCCCGUGUGUGUGUGUCUCUCUCGCUUUCUCUCCAUAAUUCAUAUAGAACACAGCCAUGUCAUCAGAAGCAUGCUGCACCUGCGCGACCAUUAUUCGCGACCCAGCGUCCUCCCCCCAGUAUCAUCUCGAGACCAAGAUAGAGAAGCAAUUUUCGGACCCAGAAGACAGGAGAUUAGAGUGUUGUUCGAGAGUUAUCUGUGGAAGAUGUAUAGAUAACAAUAGCCGUUUCGCAACCUAUUGCCCAUACUGUCAACUCUCCUCCUCCCCCUCGAACCCCAUCCCGCACGGCCUGCGCGAGCCGCCAUCCUACGACUUCGCAACAAGCAAAGACGCCGCCACGACCGCGGGCCAUAACAAGCCCUCCCAAGCCGACACCACUGCGCCGCCUCCAUACACAACCUCACCAAACAGAUGGUCCUCCCCCCAGUCCUCCUCCCUCCUCAACGAGAAGUCCUAUGCAGAUGAGAAAGAACAGCACCAACAACCACCCCCAGACACCCUACACUUCCUCCACCCGACCGACGACACGGUCCCCUCUCUUUCCCUCCGGUACAACGUGCCCGCCCCGGUUCUGCGACGAUACAACAAGCUCACCUCGGACCAUCUACUGUCGGCUCGGCGCACCAUCCUGAUCCCCGGGUCGCACUACCCCUCCGGCGUCUCCCUCAGCCCGAGACCAGUCGAGGGCGAGGAGGAAGAGGCUCGCAAGGCCAAGGUGCGCCGGUGGAUGGUGGCCUGCAAGUGCCCAGACUACGAGAUCGCCGAGCUGUAUCUCGAGCAGAGUGGGCAUGACCUGAAUCAAGCGGUGGAGAAGUAUGUUGCGGACGAGGAGUGGGAGAAGGCGCAUCCUCUUGAGGCCAAGGCCAAGGGCAAGACGAAGGCGAGGGGGAAUGCAGGGGGCACUGGUGGGGUUUGGGCCAGUCAGGCCGCAUUUUUGAAAAGGCUGGGUUCUUCUUGAUGUGCUCUCUGAGAAGGCAACAACAGCGAGUGUAACAGUUCGGUCUAGGGUUGUUUGAUACAUCCUACCGCCAUGUUG